AUGCACACAUACACGCAUACACAGAAAGAAGAAGAACAUUACAUUCCAAGGAACGCGAAGACUGAAAUAUUUACGGAAAUUAAUACAUCUUCCUUAAGAGUUGCGCGUCUUGAGCAGGACAGUCCCAAAGACAACGGACAACUAACCCUCGCUGCCAUAAUGAGAGAAGUUGCUGCUGAAGGAAAUUUAGGAAAGUCUUCUAUUUUAGGUGAAGAUGAUAUUUUUGCUCGAUCUGAAGCAAAUAACUCAACUUUUGUUGAUAUGGGAGAAUUGGGUACUUUCAGUGCUGAAUAUCCAUUCAAUUAUCCUCGUUUGGAACGAAUUUACAGUCAUCUUCCGAACAAAAGAGAAAAGAUAAAUACUAAAUUCCAUUUUUUUGGUCCAUCGAAUAAAAAUAUAUCACAGAAUAAAUUGAAGAAUGCACUGUUGAACAAAAAUGAUAGUAAUGUGUUCAUCGUCGACUGGUCAAACGGCUAUGGGGAAUUAUACGAACAGUCGGUUGCAAACAUACGUGUAGUAGGAGCUGAAGUUGGACUUUUUAUGCAACGUCUUAACAUCUUGAAUUUGGAUCCAAAGUUUUUGCAUAUAAUCGGCCACGGUCUUGGUGCACAUGGAGCUGGAUACGCUGGCAAAUGGUUUCAAGAGAGACAACAUAAGCUGAUUGGUCGAAUUACGGGUUUGGAUCCUGCAGGCCCUUAUUUCAAUGGUGUGAAUAAAACUGUGAGAUUAGAUAAAGGUGAUGCUGCAUUUGUUGAUGUCAUUCAUACUAACACAGAGGGAGAAAGCAUAUACGUGGAAGUAAAUCCUGGAGAGCUAAACUGCAGCCAUUACAGAUCCUGUGACUAUUUCAUUGCCACUUUAGAAGAGCCAGAUUGUAAAUUUGAGUCCCAGUCUUGCUACAGCUGGGAUUCUUAUUUUCACGGUGGCUGUGGUACAUCCGAGCACAACGCAUGCAUAAGGAUGGGAUUUUAUGCAUACGCAGAUGCAUGUGAAUUACAAAAUGAAAGGUCUUUAAAACUCUUCGUGAAAACGAAACUAUCUCCUCCUUAUUGCUACCCGGAAUUGUCUAGUGUUCUCGAAGAUGCAUUUGCUAUUUACAAGGAACAUCUUUUGCAUGCCUAUCGAAGUAAACACUGA